AUGACCGUGCUGAUGGGAAUCACCCUCUUUUUAUUGACUUUUGAAAAAGGAGAUUUCGUGUAUUGCCCAAAUACACAUAGAUAUAACGUGUUUUGUACCAGCUACUUAGAAUCCAAUGAGAUAACCAGCAUCACGGCAGACCAGAUCCGCCACUUGACCCAGCUGACACGCCUGGACUUGUCCAACAAUAAGAUCAGCGUGCUCCCAAACAACACCUUCGAAGCUCUCAGCAAGUUGUCCACUUUGAUCGUCAGCUAUAACAGACUUCGAUGUGUACAGCGUGACGCGUUAAAAGGCCUGACGCAACUCCGAGUGCUUUCUCUCCACGGUAAUAACAUUUCGAUGUUAGCUGACGGGGUCUUCAGAGACUUGGAAUCUAUUUCACAUGUGUAA